CCGACUACUCUGGGAUCCAUUCUCCAGCAUCUUUAAUCUUUUCCUUGUGGAUGUUGCGAGGACUCUGGGAAAGAAGUUUUUUUACCGCCAUCCGCGAGGGCCAAAUCAACGGAAGGGUUAAUGUUUUUGAAUGCAUUGAGAACCAUCGGUCGGUUCAUACUCGGUGGAUGUUAAUGCAGUGACGGACGUUACUGGGACGUGUCUGAGGGAAGCGUGUGGAUUCGGGUGCAGCAAUGGGUCGUCUGUUGCAGUCGGUGGUUUGCUGGACGGUGAUUGUGAUUUUCGGGUUCGUGCACCGAGGAUGUACCGUAAAAAUCGGUGUGAUCGUCAAACCGGACCUGAACAUCGUUCAAGCUGCUUACGAAGGAGUUAUGUACAAUUACAGCAACAGUAACGUUGCGCAGGAGAUACAGUUCAAGGUCAAGACCAACUUCGCCACUCUCGAGGACACGGACCUGUUCUCCACCAGUCGAACGUUGUGCGAGCAGCUCCGGUCCAACGUGACGACCGUGAUUUUGUCGAGCACCGUGCACUCGUCGCUGGCGCUGCAGUCGCUCUUCAAGAACACCAACGUCCCCUAUGUGGCCACCUCGUAUCAAGAGCACUGCAGCAUCAACGUCGGAGGAAACCUCAACCUCCCUUCCGCAGACUCUCUCGGGGUAUCCCUAUUGCCCGACUAUCUCCCCGCAGUCGCCGAGGUUAUCGACCAUUUCAAAUGGGAGUCAUUCGUCUAUAUUUACGACUCAGACAAUGGUCCGUCUAAGCUGCAGCGGUUGUUAAGUCACCAGUACAAGAACCCCGUGACCAUGAGGUUCGCCAAGCACAUUUCCAACAGCAGCGAGGCCAAUCAGUUUCUCAGGCAACUGGAAGAUGCGGAUCGAGAAAGCCGAAAGUACGUGGUUCUCGACAGUGUCUUCGACACAUCCAAGGCCAUUAUCGUAGAUCACGUUAGGGACAUCUACAUGGGGAGAAGGAACUACCAUUUCCUCCUCGUCAAUCCGGUAGUGAAUGAGCUGUCUUACCAGAAGAUCCCAGAAUUUGCUGCCGUCAACAUCACAGGAUUCCGCAUGAUCAGCGAAGACCUGUCUCAGCAGUCGUCCUACGUACCAGCGCAUGAACCUAAAGAGAAGAAAAUAACGGUCGAAGAAGCUUUGAUUCAUGACGCAGCGUCCUUGAUCGUCAACACGUACAAGGACCUCAAGCUGCGCAGCCUCGUUCCCCACAGGUAUUCGUAUAUAUUUGAAGACCACGAGGAGACUGAGCACGUGGCACCAGGAUCUCUGGUCAUGGCCCAUGGCGAGUCCCCAGAAGCUGAAAUGGUCGAUGAGGGAGACCAAGUGCUGGCCGAUGCUCCAGACACUAGGACCAGCUGCGGAGGGCAGCCGUCAGUGCCACAAGAGUUGGGGGAGAUCAUCACCAGAAACCUCAGAGAGAGAAGUUUUCAGGGCCUGACUGGCUUCAUACGGUUUACCUCUGAUGGAUGUCGAAUUGACUACGGUAUUCAUGUUGUUCAGUUGAACACCAAAAACGAAGCCGUAAAGAUCGGAGAAUGGUCGGACACAAAAGGGUUCGAAGCAGUCACUGCACCUGCACCGAAGGUUGAGAAUGAGACGGAAGCCUUAGACAAGAACAAGGUCUACAUUGUCAGAAGUGUCCUGGACAAGCCAUACAUGAUGCUGGAAGAGUCUCAAGAGCUCACGGAACGAACAGGAAAUGAUCGGUUCGAUGGCUACUGCAAGGACCUCAUGGAUCUUAUUGCGAAAGACCUCGACAUUAAAUACGAAUUAAAGGCUGCUGAAGAAACAGACUAUGGCAGAAGGGACCACAAAGUCCAGGGCGGCUGGACCGGCUUGGUUGGUGAAGUCUUGAGAAAGGAAGUGGACAUGGGCCUCGGAGGUACCUUGGUCACCUCAGAACGCCUGGAAGCCGUGGACUUUACUGUGCCAUUCAUGACAACGGGAACGGCAGCACUGAUGCGGAAGCCUCGGCCACGUUCAGGGGACGGCAUGUUCACUUUCCUGAGGCCGUUCUCCUUCGUGUUGUGGAUCUUCGUCGCAUCGAGCGUGGCCAUCGUCUUCGUGAUCAUGUUCUUCCUCAGCUUCUUCACGACGCGUGUAUCACCCAGCAAACCCGGUGUGGAGCCCAGUGCUGCGGGUUCGCUGUACAAAAGUCUUUGCUACUCUCUGGAGGCUUUCACACCACAUUAUUUGGACUCCUAUUACGCCAGGUCAAUAUCUGGUCGGCUGGUAGGCAACAUCUGGUGGCUGUUCAUCGUGUUCGUCUUCUCGGCCUACACAGCAAGCCUGGUACCGUACUUGUAUUCAGAAACACGGCUGCGAGACCUACGGACUCUGGACGAUCUCGCACGCCAGUUGGACCUUGAGUACGGGUUCGUUAAGCAGUCGCCUGCUAGACAGUACUUCGAGAAUUCAAGCUUGAACUCCACAGUCCACAAGAAGAUGUGGGAGUUCAUGAACAGCAAACCCGACGUAUUCGUCAACUCCUACGAAGAAGGCGUAGAAAGAGUACGGAAGUCAGAAGGAAAAUAUGUCUUCUUGACGGACGCAAAUAAAGUGGACUACAUCAGCUCACAGAAGCCUUGUGACACCACGAGGCUCGGAGAUGUCGCUGGGGUUAGAAGCCUGGCCAUUGCGUUGCCCAAGGGCUCCUUCUUGAGAAAGCACCUCGACGGUGCUAUUACGCGCCUAGCGGAACAAGGAGAACUGGACAAGCUGAAGAAAAAGUGGUGGGUCGAAAAAUCGUCGUGUAAGGAGAAUGGGAAGCGGGCAAAGCCGACCGCGAUGCCGUUAGAGAACUUCAUAGGCGUCUUCUUCAUCUUGGGCGGUGGCGUUGGUCUUGGAAUUCUGGUGGCCCUCAUUGAGACCAUCUAUAAGGCUUGUACGAGGUCGUCUGCUGCAAAGGCUGGCGUUCCGGAAACUGCGUCGACCGGUUCCGUCCCCGUGCCGGAAAAGGAAUUUGCGGAGCAAGUCCUCGUCAGCGCGUAGGAACACAGGCAACAACGUUAACGCAAGAACGAACAAAAUGUAACGACGAACUACGAAUGUACCUCCGACUUUGGUUACAACUAUCAUUUCCAUUAUCAAACGACAAGGCCCCGAAGGGCGAGAUUUCCGACUACAAGCUACACCAUAACAUUUUCUCUAUAUCAGGAAAUGUUUUCACUAGCAAAAAGUAGUCCCGAACAUUAACGACGUUUCAGUCAGUGUGUCAAAACGUGCCGCCAAUCCCUUUAUCAGCGUCGUGGCGCGAGGGCCAGACCAUCGGAACGAUAAACCGUAAGCCCCCUUUCAUUUUCCCCAGUUUCUCGACAAACUUUACAACCAGUACGAAAAGGUAAUGCUCACGUAAUAUGAACAAGUUUUUGAACUGUAGCGUUUUUUAACCUCGCAAGUGUAGCAUGUGUUACCCGUGUGUGUCCUUUUGUAAGGCCCAUUGUUCUCCCGAAUCCAACUGUUCCAUAAACAAUAUUUUGUACGCUUUGUAUAUCUCGGCGGUUUUUCGGGCCGCGAAGAUGCUACUACGUCAUUUCCAUUCCUCUGUAUAUUCCAUGUCCCAUAUACCCUCAAGUCGUGGUGUAAAUGUCGAAGUGAGGGCUCGCAGCGUCGUUUUGCGUACCCUGAUUUCGUAGUAUUGGCGUCUGAUAACUUUUGGUAUCAUUUUCAUCUUGCUCGACCUUUGUAUCUUUUUUUAACGAUCUUUUCUUGUGUUGGCAAUCGAACGUUGUCGAUUACUCGCGGCAUCUGCUUCGCUACCGAAGCAGCACUGUGUACCGAAUGUUGAUAUGCAUGGGGGUGGACCCCAAGCAACACAAUGUACUGAAAGUCGAGUGCAAUAGGGGUGGACGGGUAGGUGGAAGACCUUGAACAGACUCUUGAACCUAAGGGACAUUGAUAAGACACAUACCGUCCACCCCUAUUGAACUCGACUUGCAGUACAUUGUGCUGCUUGGGAUGGCUGGCCUUAUCAGUACAGUGGUUCGUCUUAUCAGUGCAGUGCUUGAUUUCGUGGACCUACCCAUGUAGAUAAGAACCUUGAUCUACAUGUCCACCCCGACGCACUGGCACAUUUAUUAUACGUCGUGCUGAUUAUGAAGUUCGGGUUUCCUAUCCCUUCCUUGACACAACUGUCGACAUGUAUUACCAUCCUUUCCCCUUUUAUCUUUCCUUUUCCUUUUUUUUUUCCUUUUUCUGCCAAUAAAUCCCCCUCCCCCCCUAUCAUGAUACCGAUUGUCCCAGAAAACGACAGCAGCAUUGUUACAUGGCAGUUCAUGAUACAUAUAGAUUUCACCAGCUCAUUGUACAUAGCUCUAUCUCUAUAUAGGUAUCUUAUCAGCGAAUGACUUUGUAUACGACUGUGUGUCCAAAUUGGUAAAAUGGUGCUCAAUAUAGUGGAUGCGUGUAUACACUGCCGUUUAAGUAGCGCUGUAUUGUAACGUUGCUCAUAAAAUAUUGUUUCACUCCUUUUCCUCUAUCUAUAUAUUAUAUUGCUCUGUGAUAUAUGGCGAGAUACACUGAGACUUUUUUUAUCAGAAUUUCCGCGAUAAAAAAAGGAGGAAUGUUGUACAGGCUUUUGCUGCAUUGUUACUGUAUUUCGUUUUUCUCAAAUAAAUGGCUGAUGGUACGGUA